AUGGCGUUUAUUAAUCUAGAGAAGGCGUAUGACAAGGUCCCUAGGGGCGUCGAGUGGAUAUGCCUGGAUGUGAAAGGUGAGCCGGUAGCUUAUUUUAGGGCGAUAAAGGAUAUGUAUGAUGGAGCUAUGACUCGGGUAAGGACAGUGAGAGUUCUGAUUGAUGAGACGCGAAACGGCGUUAAUAUGAGACUAAAGGUAUGGAGGCAGGCCCUGGAGUAUAAAGGUUUUAAGUUGAGUAGGACUAAGACAGAUUAUUUGGAGUGUAAGUUCAGCGAUAUGACGGGGGAAGCGGACGUGGAAGUGAGGCUUGACUCACAAGUCAUCCCCAAGAGAGAAAAUUUCAAGUACCUAGGGUCAAUUAUCCAGGGAGAUGGGGAGAUAAACUGGGAUGUUACACACCGUAUUGGGGUUGGGUGGAUGAAAUGGAGAUUAGCAUUUAGAGUCCCGUGUGACAAGGAUGUGCCACCGAAACUUAAAGAUCUAUUGUCUCUGAGCCGAGGGUCUCUCGGAAACAGUCUCUCUACCCCUCCGGGGUAG